CUCCCCUGCCCGGUAGCAGGUCUGGGCACGGUUCAGCGGGAGCAACUUGGCGGCUCGUCCCCUUCCUCCCUCUCCCCGGGCCAGCGCGGCCAUGGCGGGCGGGCGGCCCCGGCGUUCCUAAAGCCGCCGCCACCCGGGAGCCGCCGACCGCCGCCGGGAUGAGCGCUCUCGCCUUCGACGACGGGGCCCUGGAGGGGCUGUCGCCGUCCCUCGGCCUCUCCGGGGCCAGCGAUAUCGACACGGCCCUGCUCAGCGACAUCGACGACAUGCUCCAGCUGAUCAACACGCCGGACAAUGACUUCUCGGGGCUGUUUGACUUGCCGUUCGGUGCCCCCGACAGCACCGUGACCCCGGGGCUCUCCCCAGCCCAGGGCACCCUCGGCACCUACCUGGGGCCCAGCAAGCCUCCCCCCGCCGCCCCCACCGGCACCGUCUACCCGGGGCCCCCCGGGAUGGCAGCCUUUGCUCCGCAGCCCCCGGCCCCGCUCCUGCCGGCACCGGCCCCGGGUGUCAAGGAGGAGCCGGCGGCCGUGCCCAGCAGCCAGCCCCAGCCCGGCGUGAUGCUGGCCCCCAGUUUCGUCCCCGCGUCCUCUGGCCAGUUCAGCCCCCAGCCCUUGGUGGGCUACCAGAACCAGCACAGCUUCUCCGCCGUGCAGCCCGGGGGUGCGGGUCAGGCCCUGCCGAGCCCCCUGCCCGCCCCGCAGCCAGGCCAGCCCGUGGCACUGCCUGGCUCCGUGCAGAGCGUGGCACCCCAGCAGCUCCUGGCCCCCACCGCCCCCGCCACCCAGCCCGUUUCGCCCCAGAUCCAGCCAGUGCCGGUCCUACUGCAGCCCCAUUUCAUCAAGGCUGACUCCCUGCUGCUGACGGCCGUCAAGACGGACGCCAGCAGUGCCAAGACCUCCGGUAUCGCCUCCCUGGCCACCAGUGCCAGCGGCUCUGCCACCCCACUGCAGGUGCCGGCUCUGGUGAGCGGAGGGACCAUCCUGGCCACGGUGCCGCUGGUGGUGGACACGGAGAAGCUGCCCAUCAACCGGCUGGCACCCAGCGGGAAGCCGCCACUGGUGCAGAACCGGGGGGAGAAGCGCACGGCGCACAACGCCAUCGAAAAACGCUACCGCUCCUCCAUCAACGACAAGAUCGUGGAGCUCAAGGACUUGGUGGUGGGCACCGAGGCCAAGCUCAACAAAUCGGCGAUCCUGAGGAAGGCGAUCGAGUACAUCCGCUUCCUGCAGCAGAGCAACCAGAAGCUGAAGCAGGAGAACCUCGCGCUGAAGAUGGCCGUGCAGAAGAACCAGUCCCUGAAGGACCUGGUGGCCUCCUGCAGCGGGGGGGCCAAGGCGGAGACCCCCAUGGAGGUGGUGAAGGCGGAGGUGAUGGAGAUGCUGACGCCGCCGCCCUCGGACGUGGGCUCGCCGUCCCACAGCAGCCCGCUCUCGCUCAGCGGGGGCAGCAGCAACAGCAGCAGCGACUCGGAGCCCGACAGCCCCCUCUGCGACCACGGCAAGGUGAAGCAGGAGCACCCGCCGCCCUCGCCCAGCAGCCAGGGCAUGCUGGACCGCUCCCGCAUGGCCCUCUGCGCCUUCGUCUUCCUCUGUCUCUCCUUCAACCCCCUGGCCUCCCUCCUCCGGGGUUCCGGUGCCCCGGCCUUUGUGGGGAGCCCGGGCACCGCUGGCCCCAGCAGGAGCAUCAUGGCUGAGUCUGGCACCAUGGAGGAGCCGUGGGGGUGGUCGCAGUGGCUGUGGCCCACCCUGGCCUUCUGGGCGCUGAACGCGGCGCUGGUGCUGGGGGCGGUGGUGCGGCUCUUCGUUUGCGGGGAGCCCGUCACCCGCCCCCACUCCGAGCCCUCCGUCCUCUUCUGGCGGCACCGCCGGCAGGCCGACCUCGACCUCGACCGGGGGGAUUUCGCCCAGGGUGCCCAGCACCUGCGGACGGCUCUGGGGGCACUGGGGCGGCCGCUGCCCGCCUCCCACGGGGACCUGGCCUGCAGCCUGCUCUGGAGCCUCCUGCGGCACCUGCUCCAGCGUCUCUGGGUGGGCCGUUGGCUGGCCGCCCGGGCCGGGGGGCUUCGCUCCGACCCGCCGCCCCCCGCCCACGUCCGGCAGAGCGCCCGAGACGCCGCCAUGGCCUACCACCGCCUGCACCAGCUCCACCUCGCCGGGAAGCAGGCCGGGGGGCACCUGCUGGCCAUCAACCUGGCGCUGAGCGCCGUCAACUUGGCCGAAUGCGCCGGCGACGCCGUCUCCGUGGCCGCCUUGGCCGAGAUCUACGUGGCGGCCGCCCUGCGGGUCAAGGCCAGCCUGCACCGCUGCUUCCACUUCUUGGCUCGCCCCUUCCUCUGCAGCGCCCGGCGCGUGGCCCUGUCCCACGGCGGGGCCGUGCCCCCCGCCAUGCAGUGGCUCUGCCACCCCUUGGGUCACCGCUUCUUCGUCGACGGGGACUGGGCCGUCAAGGGCGUCCCGAGGGAGACCAUCUACAGCUCUGCCGGCAACCCUGUGGAUCCGCUGGCGCAGGUGACCCAGCUUUUCCGCGAACACCUCCUGGAGAAGGCGCUGUGCUGCGUGGCCAUGCCCGAGCCCGGCCGCCCCGCUGCCCAGGGAGAGGGGCGCUUCUCCGAUGCGCUCGAGUACCUCCAGCUGCUCAACGGCUGCUCUGACGCCAGCGGCGCGCCCGGUCCUGCGCCCUCCAUCAGCUCCGGCUUGGCGGCCAUCACAGGCACCGACCCCGUGUCCAAGUGGUGGGCGUCCAUCAUUGGCACAGUUAUUCACUGGCUGCGGGGAGAUGAGGAGGGGGCCGAGCGCCUUUACCCGCUGGUGGAGACCAUGCCCCGGGCGCUGCAGAGCUCCGAGAAGCCCUUGCCCCGCGCCGCCCUGCACUCCUUCCGAGCCGUCCGAGCCAUGUUGAGCAAGCAAGACGGGAGCCAGGCCAGCCUGAACCACUGCGAGAAGGCCAGCAGCUGCCUGCGGGAGAGCCUGGAGCUCGGCAGCCCCCCCAAAGGCACCAUCGAUAAGGCGGUCCAGCUCCUGCUCUGCGACCUUCUCCUCGUCACCCGCACCAACCUGUGGCAGCAGCAGAUGAACGUCAGCCAGCAGCGCAGCUGCCUCUACCAAGCGUCCGCCCUCGAGCUCCGCGGUUUCCAGCAGGAUCUCAGCAGCCUCCGGCGCCUGGCCCAGACCCUUCGCCCCGCCAUGCGUCGGGUGUUUCUGCACGAAGCCACCGCCAGGCUCAUGGCCCGGGCCAGCCCCACACGCACCCACCAGCUGCUGGACCGCAGCCUGCGGAGGAGAGGGGUGCAGGGCAGCAAAACAGCCGGCGAGCCGGAGAGCCACCCCACGCCGCGGGAGCACGCCGAGGCUCUGCUGCUGGCCUGCUGUUACCUCCCACCCAGCUUUCUCUCGGGGCCGGGCCAACGCGUGGGCAUGCUGGCCGAGGCCGCCCGCACUCUGGAGAAGCUGGGUGACAAACGGACGCUGCACGACUGCCAGCAGAUGAUCAUCAAGCUGGGCAGCGGCACCACCGUCACAUCGGGCUAGUUGGGGGGGGGGGGCACGCUGCCAGCCCCCCCCCCCCCCCAUUAGCCCCUCCUGGGUCCGGGAUGUGGGAGAAGGGGGGUGGCGGGGAGGCCCGUGCCUCAGUUUCCCCUUCACCCCCAGGACGGGAGCCCUUUCUGCGGGACGGUGUUAGGGAGCAGGUUUUAAGGUGGGGGGGGGAGGGGGCAGGGUGAUGGUCGGUGCCACCGGCAGCGGGUGUGGAGGCUCCCGGUGUGGGACGGUCACGCGUGGGGGCACCCCGGGUGGGCUCAGCCACCCCAUGGCUCUGUCCUUGUCCCCAGCCCGCUCGGGUGAUGGGACGUGGGGACCUCUAGUGACACUGUCCCAGUAUUGCAUGGCACUGGGAUGCUUGGCCAGCCUGGCCCCCAGUGCCACCUCGUAGCCCCCCCACCCCAGUGCCCUGGCACAGGGUGGGGGCCUGUCCUCGCCCCCCCCAACCCUCUCCUGGUGUCCUGCUGCUGCAGGGGGGGGCUUGGGGCACCUCAGCAUUGCCCCCAUUAUGGGGGGGGGGGGAGAUUUGGCCCCACGGUGGCAGCUAAGGGCCCUCUCCCCAACUGUGCCCACAGUAGGUAAGAGGGGACCCCCAGCCUAUCCCUCCCCCCACCCCAGCACUGACCAGUCCCCCCCCAGUUAGGAGCUGCCAUCACCCCCCGGGCACAGCCGGGCCUGAGCGCUUUCAGAGAAGGGAUGGCAGGGUGGCAACGGGGGUCCCGGGGGGCUGGUGGAUGCCCCCGUCCCCUUGCUUUGCCCCCCUCUUGUAUAUAGCCCCCCACCCUGCCCCAGCCCCCCCCCCCCCCGCCUUGCCUUUUUAAACGGUAUUUUCAUAGUUGGAGAGUUUUGUACAGAUGAUUAAAGCUGAUUAUUUAUACCAGUGUGUGCUGGACUGGGGUGGGGGGACACUGGGAUGACACAGACACUGAACUUGGGGGGCACGCAGGGGCUGGGGCAAGGGGGGGAUCCCCCCCCCCCAGCUGGGCAUCGUGGGUCCUGCCUUGCCCCCACAGGGCAUGGAGGGGGGGGGAAUGACAAGGGUGGCAGGGAUGGGGACACUGGGUGCCAAGGGACCCCAAACACCCCCUCCUUACCCCAAGAUGUGCCGGGGGUGCUGCCCCCCAGCCCCCCCAUACCCCAGCCCUACAGCAAGACCCUUGGUACAGGUGGCACCUGGGGACAAAGGGCCAGCCAGGGGCUGGCACGGCCCGGGGGGGACCCCCGGGAGCCCCCCCAGGAGAAAGAGAGGCCACGAGCAGGGCGCCACGUACUUCCAAAACAAUCGUUGUAUCUUUAUUGACGCUCUGAAUGCAAUGACCUGUUUUUUACUCUUAAGGAAAAUAAACAUCUUUUAGAAACA